AUGAACUUUCUCUCUGGGAUCUGGUGGUCUCUUCCCCUGGUCUUGGUCUGGGCGACCCCACCAGUCACCUCCUCAUGGUGGGCUCUAACGAUUUUAUGGUCGUAUAAAAUAAUGAAAAUACAAGAAAAGGACAUUUUCUCCUGUUUGAUCCCUUCAAAAGACACCUAUAGUAGUUUGGAUUUUAUAAAAGUCCCGUCCCUGGUGCGCGGGCAGCGCGAGUGUGGCCGCCGGCACCCCGAGGCGAUGCUCUCCAUCGGCCGCGGCGUGGCCGCCUGGACGGCCGAGUGCCAGCACCAGUUCCGCCGGCACCGCUGGGACUGCAACGCCCUGGAGCGGGGCCAGCGCCUGCUCGGCCGCGUCCUGCUGCGCAGUAGUCGGGAAUCUGCUUUUGUACAUGCCAUCUCCUCUGCUGGAGUUGUUUUUGCCAUCACCAGGGCAUGUAGCCAAGGGGAGCUGAAAUCCUGCUCCUGCGAUCCCAAGAAGAAAGGCUCUGCCAAGGACAGCAAGGGCCAUUUUGACUGGGGUGGCUGCAGCGAUAACAUCGACUACGGCAUUAAAUUUGCCAGAGCCUUUGUGGAUGCCAAAGAACGGAAAGGAAAAGAUGCAAGAGCGUUGAUGAACCUCCACAACAACAGAGCUGGAAGGAAGGCUGUGAAGCGGUUUUUGAAACAGGAGUGCAAAUGUCACGGUGUGAGUGGAUCAUGCACUCUAAGGACCUGUUGGCUGGCCAUGGCAGACUUUAGGAAAACAGGAGAUUACCUGUGGAAGAAAUACAAUGGAGCGAUUCAGGUGGUCAUGAAUCAAGAUGGCACGGGUUUCACUGUGGCUAAUAAGAGAUUUAAGAAGCCAACUAAGAAUGACCUGGUAUACUUUGAAAGCUCUCCAGACUACUGUAUCAGGGACAGGGAUGUAGGGUCCCUCGGGACAGCCGGUCGGGUUUGUAACCAAACCUCCCGCGGCAUGGACAGCUGUGAAGUGAUGUGCUGCGGGAGAGGCUACGACACCUCCCGCGUCAGCAGAAUGACAAAAUGCGAGUGCAAAUUCCACUGGUGUUGUGCUGUGCGCUGCCAGGACUGCCUAGAAGUGGUAGAUAUUCACACCUGCAAAGCGCCGAAGAGCGCUGGCUGGGUCUCUCGGACAUGAUGCACAGGCUACUGAUGCUUGAGGGCUACCGCCUUUGCCCUUCCUGGUCCAUGC